AUGUCCGCUUUAUUCACAUCCCAAGACGACAUCGCGAAGCUAGCAGCGUGUUUCACCUUCGACAUCAACACCUCCAGCGGUGAUCGGCGAGACCUAAAACACAGGCUCAAAACCAGAAUCAAUGAUCUGCCUCGCCAUCUCCGAAGUGAGAUUUAUUCUGUUGCUACGUCGGUGAUCUUUGAGUCAUUGCAUACAGAGUUAAAGAGUGGCAUACAGAAAAUGGGAGGGCUUAUUAAUUCCUUUGGGCCAGAUGAGGAGAUUACUCGACGCCGUGUCGCGGCUAUUCAGGAGAUGUGGACGGAGCCAUGGCGAGAUGUUUCUAAUGAACGAUGGAAGUAUCAAGCCGAUCAGUGUGAGGCAUGCAUGCUUUCCCGAGUCGCGACAGAUCCUUCAACACUCCGAGAGCUGCGAACUGUGAUUCUGGCACACGUAGAAUUGAAAGCAUAUCAAUCCUGGCCUAUCAUUCUGACGUUUCUGGAUGAAUGGAUAAAACUUACGGAUAAGGCAAAGAUAUUGUUCGACACGUCCGAGGAACGUGCUAAAGAGAUUAGAUACUGCAUCGACCAGACGAAACUCCAUAGAAACCUCAAGGCAGCUCAGGCAGCGAAAAGGGAGGCGGAAGAAAGGGCCAGGAAACAGCAAGCCCACAAUGCGCAAGGCCUCGAAACGCUCCCUGCACUGUGCUACAAUCCUACACCCCCACUCACACAGGACAUACCAAAUCCGCUAUUCUCAUCAACCCUAAACCGACCUCUGAGCAGGAACGAAUACGAAUUCUCUGAAGCCGAAUUUCUUCAUGAGUUCUCCCCAAAUAGAACAUUUUAUCGAGCCUCUUCUACCAUCGACGAUGAAAACGAUGUCACAGAUAAAUACUCACAGGACAACCGCCUUAGCAAGACGCUAGCUGUGCUUCAAAAACAGCAAGUACUAGACCAGUAUCGAUAUCCUGAUACCGGAGGAGGAGAAAGACGAAGUCCUGGUACAGAUACGUUGAAGCUCCAGUAUCGCCACUAA